AUGCCAGCCGAGCGCAUCGGCAAUGACAUCGAACAGAUCUUUGAGUUGCAAGUCAAUCCAUUACGAGAGGAGGUCACCCUCGAAUUCCCACAGCGAAGCAAGGGCAUAAUAUGUAGUACGGAGGAGGGCGUUGCUGUCACGCAGCUUCGUCUACUCAAAGACUACGUCGAUGUCCAUGCCGAAGAGCUCUUUCGUCUAUGGGAAGGUAAUCGUGCAGAACCCGACUGGUUUGGAGGCGUGGUACGUCCCGCCGUCCAACUCUUCCAAGGGUGGAACCCCGCUAUGCGAAGCCGGUUUCUCUCAAAUGAGGACGCUUUCCUCAAACUCCUCGCAUGGGCGGAGCUGGUGCGCCUGAUGAACAUCAGCUGUGUGAAGAAGAAACAAUCCGGGGCGAGCGAUGCACAGUUCCCACGAUUGGGAGAGUUGCAUCGUAAGUUUUUGAAGGCCGUGGAGCGAUACAACAAAGAGAAAAUGGCCUGGGAUGCGAGUCGCUCUGGUGUUUAUGAACAUGGCAGGAUCGCGACGGAUGUUGUCGACGUCGCGAUGAACACUCAGGUGCCGUAG